GUAAUGAUCGUUAAGAGUUCUUAACUUCAGAGUAGAAAGUGGGAAAACGAGUAAAACGUAAACCGGUACGAGCGAGUAACGUCCAUACCAGUCUGCACGUGCGUACAUAUCACUGUCCAAGCCCGAAGUAGAUUUUUUCCCUCGCCUCGCGUUUCCUCAAAGCUGAAAAUCUUCAUACAGACAGCUAUGGAAAACCCUCAUACUUUACAGAGCUUGCCAAACCUUCAGAAUCUUCCUCCGGGAUGCAAGUUUUUAAACUGCGUUGAAGCAAGAAACGUCUUCCAAAACUGUCCAACUUGGAAACUACCCAAUGGAUCUGUAUUGGCUCCGUUUGGAGGAGAGUUAUAUCAAGUUGUUGAGCUGCCGUCCGAUUGCGGCGAUCGUUGUACAGUUCAUCACCAGAGUAAAAAGCCAAGCCCAUCUACAAGUCCAACUCCGCAAGAUAACCUAAGAAUCACCAACAAUAACUGGCUAAAGUUCCGCCGCCAAGAAGAGUACGCCCGCCAAGUUGCAAAUCGAUCUGAAUGCUACCCUCCUCGCAUGCCUGUAUUCUAUACCGAUGGCCGACUUUGUAAUUGUCAGUUUUGUGAGGCUACCAUGUAUCCGGAGCGUUUCUAUGGACAGUACUCACAAAAGAAACCGCUAGACUCAAUCUGUAGGCUCAAGCAAGAAAGAUUCUCGCCCAGUUUUAGCGCCGAAGACAGUGAGACGCCAAUAAGAAUGUUUCCAUUUUCUCUGCCGAUGAGUUCUCAAGCAACGUCGCACGUGACAUCGUCGGACGAACAAAGGCGGCCAAAACAGAAGCGAUUUCAAUGUGUACAUUGUGAUAAAUCCUUCGGGAAAUCUUCACAUUUGCGAGACCACAUCCGAACUCACACAGGUGAUCGACCAUUCCGUUGUCAGUUCUGCAACAAAGCAUUCACCCAGUAUUCGAAUUUAAGAACCCAUACCCGAAUACAUACCGGAGAAAAGCCAUUCAAAUGUCAACAUUGUUCGAAAAGUUUCACCCAAGCAGUGACUCUCCGAAGCCAUACGCGGACUCAUACAGGAGAUAAACCAUAUAACUGUAAACGUUGCAGCAAAUCCUUUUCCUGCUUUUCUGGAUUACGAGGACAUAACCGAAUACACGCCGAAGAAGAAGGAUCGUCUCUGGAUAUUGAACUCGAAAUUUCAACCAAGUGAAUUAUAAAACUCCGCGAUAAUUUUUCACAAAAAUUUGAAGAUUAAUCUUUGUACUUUAAUCAUUUCUAUGGACUUGAAAAAGACAAUAUAUGUAUCAUAUGUCAAUAUUUAUCAUAAGAAAAUACUUUGUAUGAUUCAGAAAACAAUUUAAAGCUCUUGAUAAUAGAACUUUCGCUUUUGUAGCAAAAAAUAAGUUAUGGGCUUUUUUUAACGUAAGCUAUCUAUUGCGCGCCUAUUUUUAAAAAAGAUCAUUCAGGAGCUGCACAGACUUGAUUUGGUUCAAAGUUUUCGACAAAUACAUAAAAGUAAGGCUAUACAUGAAUUCGACGUUUUCCUAGCGAGGCAAUAAUUCAAGGAAAAGCGCUUCGUUUAACAGGGCUUAAAAACAUCACAUUAUUCUUUAUUCGAGCAGAAAUCAAUGAUCUUUCAACCUAACAUUGAUUUUUGCAGAUCAAAUGUUUGACAUCUAGACGCUUCUUUUAAACAUUAGUUUUUUUCUUUUUUAAAACGAUUCACAAAACCAAGUGAAGAUAUACUUUUCAUAUACUCUGAUAACUUGGACUUAAAUUGUUUAAAUAUACUCCGUCUGUAGAAAUAUUUGAUUUUAAAAAAGUAGAAAAAUAAGAAUGAAACAAAAGUCAGACGAUAGAAGAUAAAAAGGUCGCAAGUAAAAAGGAGCUAAACACUUAUGCAUGGCGCGCAUGCGCACGCUUACAGUUGAUGCUAAAAUCUUUCAAAAUGCAAAAAGUCACCAAUUAUGUAAUUCAAGUACGGCUAUUUAUAAAACGAUAUAGUGGAUAUUUAAUAAAGGCAAAAAAUAAAGGAAAUUAUAUUCUGUAUUGGUACAAAAA